AUGAAGGAGGGCGUGUUGGACGACUUCUCCCCGGAGCAGACGGCAGCGUUCCUCGUGCUGCUGCGCGCCAAGGGCGAGACGCCCGACGAGAUCGCUGGCAUGGCGCGGGCGUUCCUGCAGCACGGCCUGCACGUGGAGACAGCAAAGGGCGUCGUCGACAUCGUCGGCACCGGCGGCGACGGCAUCGGCUCGGUGAACAUCAGCACCGGCGCCAGCGUCAUCGUCGCGGCGGCGGGCGGGCGCGUGGCGAAGCACGGCAACCGCUCGGUGUCGAGCCUCUGCGGCAGCGCGGACGUGCUGGAGGCGUUGGGCGUGGAGAUCGAUCUGGGCCCCGAGGGCGUCGCGCGCUGCGUCGACCAGACCGGCGUCGGCUUCAUGUACGCGCCGCGCUACCACCCCGCCACCUCUAUGCUCAGCCUGCCGGGUGGUUGGUGA